UCUGACGCUAUUCUACUCUGCGCAAUCAAAACAAACGUUCUACAAGCAAGUGCACGGUUUGACGGAUAUAAAAGAAGAAUAAUUAAACCCUUCACUCUUUUGCAUUUGUUUAUUGGAAACUGUUCGAAAGACUGAUACGAGCAAGACUACGGUUUUCCGGGACACCAUCCAAGUGAAAUGAUAUAUGGUGCUACAUAUCGAAGAGAAUCACUAUCCAAAGUACAUACUGAGAGUUGAGAGUCAAUACGCUUUUCGGAAGCGUGAUUGUGUUUGCGUUAAUCAAUACGUCACUCUUUUUCUGUUGCAUGCGAUUUUCCUCAUCCGACCCCCUUAGAUCAACGAUUUAGUAUGUGCGAAUUUUAUGCUCGUCACUGGAACUAGUAAUCAAUUUCAGUCAAGAGAGUUUCACUUUUGGUCUGAUAUCGCGGUCUGCAAGUGAUUUUUAAGAGCACCAGUCACACUUUUGUCAUCAGUUGUUUUCAGUGAAAAUACUGAAUUGAUUACAAAGAAAUUCGUUUUGCUACCUGUGGAUAGCACUCAAAAUUAUAUCUAGAAGAAACAGAUCGCACAAUUGUUCAUUAGUAACAUCAAUAAGACUGCAAACUCGCAGAAAUUCUCAGAAAAUGCGUGUCGAAAUGAACCUAGAUAUUCAAGAGUCUCAGGACCUGCGCAAUAGUAUUGAUAGUCGCAUAGCAGAGUUCAAACAGGAUCCGGAAAAGAUGAGCGAAGUGAACGUCUUCGUGGAUGAGGUGUUAAACGAGGCACAGAAAAAUGCUGAAGUUAAGCUGAAAGACAAAUCGAUGGAUGAUAGAGCCCGUAAUGGAAACAAACUUUUGAGUGGUUUAAAGCAGCAUCGCGUUGUUACUCGAACGAGAGGAAUAGUAUUGAGAAUAUUCGAAGCAAUUUGCAAUUGCACCAAUUCGGCAACACUACCAGGUCAAAGGUCUUCGGGCGCUGCAUCAGCAUCAACUGCGGCCAUGGCAGAUAACAAAUAAUCACCGUUACCGCUAUAAAAGCGUGGUUUCAUUGUGACAUUUACUAUAUUGUAUUUCUGAACGAGCCUGCUACGGAAUAAAAUGUAUUCAUUGAAACAUGCCCAGGCACGCAAAUGGAGCAUAUACCUAGUAUUCUGUUUCCAUUAUCUAGACUAGCAAUUCUAGGUCAUGAAUAUUUUUUUAAAUGGUAAAUUGUGCAAACCGCAAUUAUAUAAUAUCUGAGUGGAAAAUAUCCCGUAAAGAUAAAUAGAAAAUACUUGCAAUCAUUGUGACAUGCAGAAUACAUUUAAAAUUAAAUUUCACUCACAGUUGAUGUGCGAGCCUGUGUAUCUGUUAUCUGUGGUAUUAUGUAAGAACUCAAAAUUUAUAUUGAUUUAUGAUUAGGGAAUUGAGUGGUGCAAAGUUCAAAAUUAUAGUCUAUAAUCAAAAUUAUGAACUACGCUCUUGUAAAACAAAUGAUGUUUUCUACCUUAAUAUAAUAGAAUCAUUUAAAAUGUUGGUCACGUACAGGAGACAAUGAUAUAUGUGUACAUUGGAUGUUGAAAUUGAUGUAUGUUAACAAAGAAAACAUAAGCAUUUUGACCAUUUAAAAACGGCACCAAACCUUUGAUAUCGGUUUUAUUUUAAAUUUAUUUCUUUAUAUUGAAUCAUUGUAAUCGCUACUGUUGGCGAGAGCUGCACAACUGCAGAACGGAUUUUAUAUAAAAAUAACUUUGUAUACUAUCAGAUAGAACUAUAUAUAUAUAAAAAAUAUGCAGACAAGACAAAAUUCAAUAUGUAUUCUGACAAGAUUUACACAAUUUUAAUGUGUUCUAGAAAUUCGUUUCGGUCUCUUCCAAUAUUCUUUUAAAUAUUGACACUAGUAUAUUUCAAAUAUAUCAAAAUCCGCAUCUUGAAUUAUUAUCGUUUAUGGAUUUAUUCUUUAUAAAAGUACAUUUACUGUCCCAGCAUAGAAAACGCUAAUAAAAGAACUGUAAAGAAGGCUAAAAGAGUUUGUAAGAAAAGUGGUACGUUUUAGUUGAAUAUUCUGGGCAGUUUCGAGGAUCGAUAGCGUAUUUAACGACUAAUUUUUCGAUACAUUAUUAUUAUUAUCAUUGUUUGAAAUAUGUUUGUUUCAUACCGUUGCAACACAUCUACAAAAAUAUUCUCAGAGUUUUUUUUUAUUAUCAAUGGAAAGAAGAUGAAUGUUGAACAUUGUCAAAACUAUGUAAAGUAACACUUUACACACAAAAAAAAAAAAGAAAAUGUAAGAAAUCUCUGGAAACUCAAACGAUUAUGUUAAUAUAAUUUAUGGUUUCAUUCUAACACAUUUUUUUAACAGCCAGGAUUGGUUUCAAGCAAUCAUUCUCUAGUUAAAACAAUCGCAUUCUUCCUUAAUUAAUUCUGGUUUGAAAUAAUCGCAUUCCGAAUUGAAUCUUUUAUAUACUGGCUUCAAACAACUAUCCUUUUAUUGAUUUAUGACGGAUGUUCGAUAAGUUUUGAGAUAAACAAGUAAAACAAAUGAUUCUUAUUAAAAAAUUUCAAGAUUUAAUUGAUUUUAAGUAUUCUUCAUGAAUAUCAAUACACUUUCGCAUGAAGUAAUUUAUGAAGCACUUUUCCCAAUGAAAUAUUACCAAAAAAAAUGUAUUUUUGACACAUAACCUGCAUUUUAAGGUGUAGAAAACGUUGACCACGGUACUUAUUUUAACGUGUGGGAAUAAGUUAUUGAAGUUUGAAACGAUCAAAAAAUCAUUUGUUCGACGCGAGGUGUGAGAAUUGAUGGUUCAAUGAAAUAAUGAAGAUAAGUAUGAUUUUCCCUAGUUUAGUCUCGUUUCGUGAUUAUGGAUGCAUUUCACGAAAUUCGUCCUGCAGCGCACGAUGACCACCACCGAACUCGAUAUUGCAACUCAUUGCAAAAGUAGACUCGGGGAUGAGUAUAGCGUGAUGGAAUAUUCGAUGCGUUUCAUGUAGCCCACCUCGGUUCGAUUUCCAAACCCCACACAAAAGGUCAGAAAAAUUUUCUGGCCCGAAAAGGCGAAUGAUCCUAAGGUUAAAACCUCUAUAAUGGAAAAAAAGGAGACUCGAAAGUCAAAGUGUUCUGAACACGCGUGCCAUUUAAAUGACACGUGCUGAUGUAAGAUUUGACGUAUUGAAUUUAACUGCAAACUGAUCGUGAAAACCUGUGAAAAAACUAGGAGCUUUCUGUAUGUUGAUGAAUGAAACGAUUAACAAUAUUUAACUUUUUAAAUACAAGCGACAAUCAAACAACUGUAUUAGUCACCUAUGGAAUUCAGCAGGUCAUGGCUCGAAUGUGAAUAUACAAGCUCGCGCAUGUUUCCUUAGAGUA